AUGGCAACAUCGUCAUCAUCAGCCUCACCAGCCUCGCCAGCCACAUCAAUCAAUUUCUCACUCAAUGGAUCACGCUAUGAAGAGUUGCUCAAGACACCAAAACCAGCUGAUUUAGAAGGUGUUAGUGUCAGUGUGGGUGAUGGCAGUGCACAGAGUGCGCAGAGUACACGCAGUACAUGCAGCUUGGAUAGCCCAGGUAUGCUCCAGAGUCCACAGAGUAUUCAGAAAGACGGCUUUCCUCGCAAUCCAAACAGUCCAUCCAGCCCAUCAUUAACGCGUAUACGGGAACGUGAUUUGAGGAGAAAUGUUCUGAGGCGGGAGAGUGGCGGUGGUGGAAGUAGUGGGCGUGUUAGUUUUGGUUUGGAGAGCAUAGAAACACAUGACGCACACGAUGCACACGAUGCACAAGACGCACAAGACAGACACUCAAACACACCAACGACUCAGAACACAACACUCGAUCUCGAUAAGGCAUUCAAUCAGCCUCCUCGCACACUCGAUUCGUCAUUCGAUCUUCUCGCUAAUGAUCUCCACUCACUUUGUUUACAGCCUUCGAUUGAUGGCGGUGAGAUAGAUGAUGCGGGUGAUAUGAAGGGGUCGAAGGAAUCAAAGGAGCCAUUGAAGCCAUCAAAUCAAUCCAAGGUGAACGAGAAUGACGAAACAGAAAUAAAGACAGAGAGCAGCAACAAAAUCGAGUCUAGAAAUCAAAUCAAUGGUCCACCGCGUAAGCCUCUAAGCACAAUCAAUUCAAUACCGCGUAGGCAGUCAGCUAUACCUUCAACAUCGACUGGCAUAUCGACUGGCAAGAGCAUAGCAACAGCAGUGGUAAGGAGGCCAUCAGCGGGCUCAGGCCCGGUAAAAGGAGCAAAAGCGGCAUCAGUGGGAGGAGCACCAUUGAAAGUAGCACCAGCGAGAGCGGCAUCAGUAAAACCAGCACAACGCGUCCCACCCGAGUCGUACAAACAUACAAUCAGACCAACAGCGCAGACUAUUCGGAAAAGACAGAGCACAGCUAACACGGAUAAACAUGCUAGCACAGCCAACAACACUCGUACAUCACUAAAACCGCGUGUUACACUGUCGUCACGGACGAGUCUUCUGCCUAGUGGCACAAGUGGCACAACUAGUACAGCUAGCACAGCUAGCAUUAACAACACAACCAAAACACCCAACGAAGGGCGUCGUAGGAGUAUUAGACCACCGCGUGCUUCAAUUGCAUCUGAGAAUAGUCAAACACGCAGGAGCAGUUUGCUUCCACAGCCGAGUGCAGUGAGAGGCAGACCACGGCCCUUGUGA